AUGGGUUCAAGAUGCAAGAAGGCGACGGAAAAAAGCCCAGAGGUGAAGCAUUCUGUAUGGAAUUCCGAAAAUCUAGGGCUGCGAAUGGGAAACGAUCUACUCGCUGGGCUCUCUGCUGCUACUACCGUGGCACCGCUCGUUACAGUCAUUGACAAGGCCAUCAUGCAGAAUGCAUCAGGGCAGGCACCGCUUCUUCGAUCUCUCGCCCUCUCUUUUACAACACUGCUCCGCCGCCCGCAUCAUAUCAUUUUCUCUAAGCCCUUCUUCCUUGUUACUCUCUUGUAUGGCGGCACCUACCUAACUGCCAAUACGAUCGACACGCUCAGUUCCUUGACGCAAAAUAAGCCUGCUUCACACGUAACCAGCGGACCUUCCAAAUUCAUAGCUUCCUCUACCACAAAUAUUGGUAUUUGUCUAAUUAAAGAUGCCUCUUUUGCACAGCUUUUCGGACCAUCGGGACCCCCACGCACCGUGCCACUUCCCUCAUUCGCCCUGUUCACCCUGCGUGACUGUCUCACAAUAUUUGCUUCCUUUAAUGCUCCGCCCCUACUCGGCCCUAUCAUCUCUAGUCAUCUGAGCUGCGAGCUCCAGCAACGUGUAAACGGACAAACCGUUGCUCAAUUUGUGGCACCCGCUGCUAUACAACUCCUCAGCACUCCGAUGCACCUUCUCGGUCUCAAUUUAUACAACCGCCAAGAACCUUCAGUCACUUUUGCCGAACGAUGGGCCAUUGUGAGGCAAAGUUGGGCCAUCAGCACCGUAGCACGUAUCUGUAGAAUCGUGCCAGCGUAUGGUGUGGGUGGUGUUGUGAAUGCUAAUGUACGUCGAAAACUCAUGGAGCGACUUUCAUGA